ACUACAAACUACGAACUACAUCUUAAUUGUUGGGACCAAAUCCGACUAAUGAAAUCAACCCAUACACAAACAAGUUUUGCACCAGCGAAAGCUCUGGUUUUUUAGUUGAGAAGACAAAGAGGUUACUUUUGCUGGAAGAUGGCGACCAAAAGGAGGAUAGUUUUAGCAGCUCUUUUAUGGGUUCUCUUCCUCUUUACAACCUUGGUUUUUAUUCUGAGUAGAUUAAGCGACGACAAAGUGGCUUCUGUACAAGCUGUCGUUAAAAGGGAGCCUCAUGAGGAGACGAGUUUGGAUUUGGAAGAAGUGACUCACAAAGUUUUUUUCGAUAUUGAGAUCGAGGGGAAGCCCAUUGGUCGCAUAGUCAUGGGCCUUUUUGGAAAAACAGUUCCUAAAACCAUUGAAAAUUUUCGAGCUCUUUGCACUGGGGAGAAAGGAACUGGGAAGAGCAGAAAGCCUCUCCACUACAAAGGGAGUUCAUUCCACAGAAUUAUUCCCAGCUUUAUGAUUCAGGGAGGCGAUUUUACUCUUGGCGAUGGACGAGGUGGAGAAUCGAUUUAUGGUGCCAAAUUUGCAGAUGAAAACUUCAAACUAAAACACAUUGGACCAGGAAUUAUAUCAAUGGCAAAUGCUGGACCAGGCACUAAUGGUUCCCAAUUCUUCAUUACUACUGUCAAGACCAACUGGUUGGACGGGCACCAUGUUGUCUUUGGGAAGGUAAUUUCUGGUAUGGAUAUUGUCCGCAAGAUUGAAGCCCAAGGAAGCGGCAACGGGGUGCCGAAGGUCAGAGUUGUUAUUUCGGACAGUGGUGAACUUCCUCUAUAAUUCAAUGUUGAAAAAAUAGUCACAGGAGCUUGUUUGCAUUACUUGUAUGCAUGUUUUAAUGUUCAAUGAAAAGAGCUCCAUUGUCCAUGCAUGGACAGUGGAAAUUUGGAAGAUAGCUCACUUGAUAAAUGAUCAUAUAAUAUGUUUAGAAUCAGAUCUGAUCUGUUCUCCACUUUUUGUAUGGAAAAACUUCAAUUUAAAGGUAUAUUAUUAUGGUCCACAGUUUGCUUC